CGGGCGGGCGCCGCGAGGGCCGGGCUGGAGGCCAGGCGGGCGGAGAGGCUGCUGAGGGCCGGGCCGGGCCCGCUUCCCUCCUGCUGGGGCCGCUUUCGCGUCGGGGCGCUUCUCUCUCCCGCCGGGCGGCAGUUUGGCAUCCAGAUAAUCGUCUCCAGGAUUUCUUCGAAUGUUGACGUUGCUGUGGAGGAACCUUCAGAACUCCCAGUUGUCAGGACCCGACUACUUCUCACCCUCGCCAGGAGCCGGAGGAGGAGGCACUAAUGGGCGCGCGGCCAGCUACAUGGUGCUUUCCAGCCUUCUCUGACUUGCCCGCUCGGUACUGCUAGGGUUGCCAGCUCCAGAAAGUCUUCAGACAGACGGUCGUUUGUGGCCAGGGCAGAUGGCAGUGACGCUGCACACGGAUGUGGGAGACAUUAAAAUAGAGCUGUUCUGCGAACGGACCCCAAAGGCUUGCGAAAAUUUCAUGGCUCUCUGUGCUGGUAAUUACUACAAUGGCUGUAUAUUCCACCGGAAUAUCAAAGGCUUUAUGGUGCAGACAGGAGAUCCAACAGGCUCCGGGAAAGGAGGGAGCAGCAUUUGGGGCAGGAGAUUUGAAGAUGAAUACAGCGAAUACUUAAAGCACAGCGUCCGUGGAGUUGUUUCUAUGGCAAAUAACGGCCCAAACACAAACGGAUCUCAGUUCUUCAUCACCUACGGCAAGCAGCCACAUCUGGACAUGAAAUAUACCGUGUUUGGGAAAGUAAUUGAUGGCCUGGAUACGCUGGAUGAGCUGGAAAAACUGCCUGUGAAUGAAAAGACGUUCCGGCCUCUGAACGAUGUUCACAUCAAAGAUACUACAAUUCACGCAAACCCUUUUGCUCAAUAGCACAGAAAGGUGGAUUGGAAUGAACUGCCGAUGGCUUCUGAAGAGUGGAGAGCUCGUGCGUUCCCGCUUGGAUCUGAGGAUUUGCAAGAGAAUUGGCCAAAGCUUUUUCUGACUCUUCUAAUUUCAGUGUUUCAGCGGCGGCAGAAAAGACACGUCUUGAUGUGUGAAAUUGUAUGUGUUUAACAAAACGCGGAAAAUGACACACAAAAGCUACACAUAAAACAUGAUUUUUUAA